UGACUGUUUUCUUUCUUCAGUGGGUAUGAAAAGAUAAUGCUGCCCCUGCUCCGUCCACAGAAUGUUUAAGAUGGGAGUUAACACUAACGUUUAUCUGCGUCAGCAGGAUACCGUUCUUUUUUUCCUCCGCAGGACCUCACACUCUACUUCUUCUAUAGACUUCUAAUCCCUAAAGUCGUCCUUGAGGAAAUUCAGUAGAAGGGUACAAAGAAGACUUGUUCUUGACUGUUAAAUUAAAGGGAAAAGCUAUUGGAAGAAGAUUAUUAUCAUCGUUUGCAGAAGCAGAGAUAUGGCGAAUGAAGGUGUUUCAGGUGAGAGACUGGAAACCUACGGCGACUCUGUUUCUCUUUUCAAAGUUACUCAGCUGUGUGGUUGGUGGAAGAAGCUCGUGGAGCUCUUAUGGUUCUGCGUCUCUAAUGUAUUUUUAAUUUAUAUUCAGGAGAUGUUCGCGAAGCUGGUAAGAGAUCAGAUUGAGGGAAGGUCUGAAGUAAGUUCAAGAGGUGGUGGUGUUUCUCCUCCAUUAGUAUCUGGAUCUGGUACCACACUCAAGUUUCAGACAGUUAAAAAUGGUGUUCAAGAAAAUCUAAAUGAAGGAAGGGUCAAAAUUGGAAACAUAGGGCCAGCUAUUCCAUCUCAUCUAGCUUCAAUUCAUGCGUCGAUGGAGUUUCAGACUGCUGAGGAAGGUAUUCAACACAAUGGAAACUCUGGCGAUGUCGAGCUAUGGAAUUGGGGUUGAAGCUCACAAAAUGCUUAUUAAUAGAGAUGGCCCUAGUUUGGUGUUCUCUGUUUUAUCUCUAGCUACUUCUUCUUCAUCUUUUUUUCUCCUUUGGUUUUUGUUUUGUUUUUUUUUUUUCUUUAAAUUGUUGAGCACCUCUUUGUACUAUGACCCAUUUGCUGUUCUCUGUAUUAUCUCUAGCUACUUCUUCUUCAUCUUCUUGUUUUUUUUCUUUGAGUUGUUGAGCACGUCUUUGUACCGUGACCCAAUUGCUUGACACUAAGUUUGAAAAUACUAUUUGAAUCGCCA